GCCAGGGAGACAAAGAGACGGAGUAGAAAGACAGGCUGACACAGGCAGAGCUAGCGACGGGUACAAAAAAAGGAAAACCAGUCAAGAGUUAGACAGAAACCAACAAAUACGAAGAUAUACCAAGGCUGGAUAUGGCCAGGUUGGAUGUCACGGAGAUGUUUCAUGGUAUUUUGUUUCCUGGACACCUGCACACCCAGGAUUCCUUGCAACUUGCUCUGAAAUUUCAAUUUCAGGAUACGGAUAUCCUCAUUGUCUCCUAUCCAAAGUCAGGCACCACAUGGAUGCAGGAAAUUGUGACCCUCAUUUUAAGCAGAGGGGACCCCCACUUGUCCCAAACUGUCCCAAACUGGGCUCGGUCUCCCUGGCUGGAGCAGCAUUAUUUUGCUGCAGUACUUGAGGCUUCAUCCACCAGACCUCGAGUCAUCACCACACACCUGCCUCAUCACCUGCUGGGCCCCGUCCUCCAGGGCUCCAAAGCCAAGGUCCUUUAUGUGAGCAGAAACCCUAAAGAUGUGGUGGUGUCCUUUUACCAUUUCCACAAAAUGGCCAACUUCCUUCCUGAUGUCAGCGCAUUUCCAGAGUUUUUACAUCAAUUCCUGGAGGGCACACUGUCAUAUGGCUCCUGGUUCGACCAUGUUAAAGACUGGACCAGUCAGACAGCAACUAUGAAGAAUCUGCUUCACAUCCCUUAUGAAGAGAUGUCACUGGACCUAUACGGCACCAUAAAGAGGGUAAGCUCUUUCCUACAGUGCCCCCUGGUGGAGGACGAAGUCAACAACUGUGUGAAACACUGCAGCUUCAGCAGCAUGAGAGACAACAAGAUGGUCAACUACACCCUGAUCGCUGAUGAAAUAAUGGACCAUAGCAAAGGCUCCUUCAUGAGAAAAGGUAAGAUUGGAGAUUGGAAAAACAUGUUCACAGAGGAGCAGAAUCAAUAUUUCAAAAGCGUCUUCAAGUCCAAGAUGCAGAGCUGUGCUUUAGAGUUUGUGUGGGAGGAGCAAGAUAAAGAGGAGACGCAUGGCGAACAACCAGAUCCCAGCAAAGAAGACAAAGAAAACAAAACUAAGUGAAGUUAGAAUCCUGUGAGGUGCAUCACAAAUGAGCAGUUCUCUUUAAAUUGUAGUUUAAGUGAUAUUAGCUAUCUAAAUCCUACUAACAUGCAGUAAAUAAAAAUUUCAUCACAUUUGUCGAGUGACAGUUAAGGGGACACAUUCUUUCCUGUCAAUGUUUUGAUGUGAUAAAUGUAUGAAUAAAGAUUCGAUCGAAUUAAGUUUUUUG